UAACAUGAGUGUGAAAGAGAGAGAGAUGUAUUUGUUGUUUGGGAUUGGUGUUGUGGUAGAGGAAGAAUGACACGCACCAUAUAGAAGGAGCCGUUUUUGACUCGUGCUCUUGGAUCUGAUCCAAACCCUAAUCUAAUCCCAAAACUUUAGUAUCGAUUAAUCGCGAGAGACUGUGUCUUUCCCCUGUGCCCUAACUCUCAGGCCAUGCGACUACCCUGUUCCUCCGCCACUGCCCUCUCCAGAGAGGAUUCCUUUUUCAUUUUCGCCACUUUCUCCCUCGAUGUCGCCGCCAAUGUCUGCCGACGCCCACGCCGCUAAUCAUAUCAAUCCCAAGGGCCUCCUCUGCAAUGCCGCCGCCGGUGCUUCGGCCGGGGUUAUUGCUGCUACAUUUGUGUGUCCUUUAGAUGUCAUCAAAACUAGGUUUCAGGUUCAUGGUGUCCCGCAAAUCACCAAUGGAAGUGUUAGAGGCAGCAUAAUAGUUGCUAGCUUGGAGCAAAUUUUUCGGAAGGAAGGGUUACGUGGAAUGUAUCGAGGGCUUGCGCCCACUGUGCUGGCUUUACUUCCAAAUUGGGCGGUUUAUUUUAGUACAUAUGAGCAUCUUAAGAGCCUUCUCCAUGCUGAUGAUGAAAGCCAUCAUCUUUCAAUUGGGUCUAAUAUGAUAGCUGCUUCUGGUGCUGGAGCUGCAACUACAAUGUUCACAAAUCCCCUCUGGGUUGUCAAGACUAGACUCCAAACCCAAGGAAUGAGAUCUGGUGUUGUGCCAUAUAGGGGCACACUAUCCGCAUUAAGGAGAAUUGCACAUGAGGAGGGCAUUCGGGGCCUGUACAGUGGACUUGUACCUGCUCUGGCUGGUAUCAGUCAUGUUGCCAUUCAAUUUCCUACAUACGAGACGAUAAAAUUUUAUCUCGCAAAUCAAGAUGACGCAGCAAUGGAUAAACUUGGUGCACGUGAUGUUGCAAUUGCAUCAUCCGUUUCCAAAAUUUUUGCAUCAACGUUAACUUAUCCUCAUGAGGUCGUACGUUCCAGACUUCAAGAACAAGGGCAUCAUUCAGAGAAACGGUACUCUGGUGUGAUUGACUGUAUUAGAAAGGUUUUUCAACAAGAAGGUCUAUCGGGUUUUUACCGAGGUUGUGCCACGAACCUUCUGAGGACAACGCCAGCUGCUGUAAUCACAUUCACCAGCUUUGAAAUGAUACACCGAUUUCUUGUUUCUCUUUUUCCCUCUGAUCCACAACCUCAUAUUUUGUGACAAUUGAUCUAGGAGGUAAUCUGUCUUCUGUAGCGGUUAGAUUACAAAGCAUAAGCUUAGUCCAGCUGAGUAACCUAUCUCUUGGCAAUGCAGAUAUCAUUCUUUGUGACUUAGAGGUUUAUGUAUGAUAGAGCCCCCAUAUUUUCCAAUCACAAUUUAGCCCGGUUUCCCUGGUCAAACUUGUGCAAAGUCUUUGUAGGGAGACUGAUGAAGAAUUAUAAUUUUGAGUGAUGACGACGAUAAAGAAGAUAAAGUGGAACUUAUUUGAUUUUGAAACAGCUGAAUAAUAUCCUAUAGUAUCUAGCACGAUCUGUUGCCUCAUAUCCGGCGAAUCAAAAUUGCUGGAUGGAAGACAUGAGAAAUACAUUUAAGAGAGCCAUUGGGUAUUUAUUUAGCAAUUUCGUUUCCUUUAUUGGGGCUAGAAUUUAUGGUUUGCGUUGUGUAUAACUACCAAAAAAGACGCAUAACUUUGAACCAUUCCUGAAUAAUUCUUCAUGUAACGUACAUUGUUACAUAAUGAGGGAACAAAACAAUGUUUGUGGCGCUGUAUUGACUUUGAAAUUAAUAUAUUCCUGUAUCUCACCGUGUUCUAAAUU